GCGCACCGCUGUCCGUCAGGCGGAGGUGCGGCAGAUUUGGGACGAGCGCAGAGUGGACACGCUACCGUUUAACACUCUCUCUCCACACACAAGAGUCAUACACACACUCCGAGAUCCGCCUGAAAACACCGCGAUGGACGGAACCAGCAAACGGAAGAGUCUCCGAAGGUAACCUGGAGUGUUGAUGCUGUAGGGUCACUAGAGUUCCUCAGAGAUGUCUGGCCCAGGGCUGAUGGACCGCAUGAGGUCAGCGUUCCGGCGGCCGACGGACAACUGGCACCUGAGCGACGCGGCCGCCUUCGACUUCUCCGACGAUCUGGAGGACGAUGAGAUGCCCAGGUUCAGCCAGCUGAAGGUGGUGGUGUCCGGAGAAGCGGACGAGAUUCCUGUGACUUCACGCAAUGGUACAGCGGUCAGCACUAUGCUGGCGGACGACGACGACUCUCUGCUGGGCUCCUCGUCCAGUCUGGGGAGCCCCGGCGUGACCCCUGACCCCUGCGACGGGUGCCGCAGGAACAGAGAGCGCGACAAGCGCAGGAGGGUGAUGAGGAAGCUGGGCUUCGCCGCGCUGCUCUACUUCCUGUUCAUGGUGGGCGAGCUGAUAGGGGGAUACAUGGCCAACAGUCUGGCCAUCAUGACGGACGCGCUGCACAUGCUGACCGACCUCAUCGGGAUCGUGGUGUCACUGCUGGCCCUCUGGCUCUCGGCCAAACCUCCCACCUACAGAUUCACCUUCGGCCUCCACCGGCUCGAGGUUCUGUCCGCCGGCAUCAGUGUGCUGCUGAUCUACAUCCUGACCGGUGUGCUGCUGAACGAAGCUGUGCUGAGGACCGUCCAUCAGGACUUCAACAUCGACGGAGACGUGAUGCUGAUCACAGCCGCGGUGGGCGUCGCUGUCAACCUGCUGAUGGGCUUCCUCCUCAAUCAGUCCGGUCAUCUUCAUUCUCACGGCCACGCCCACUCUCAUGGCCACGCCCACUCUCACGGGUCACCGGGGCGGGGUCAGGCUCAGGGUCAGCGGGGUCAUGGCAGUCUGGCGGUGCGAGCGGCCUUCAUCCACGCUCUGGGGGAUCUGGUUCAGAGCGUCGGUGUGCUCAUCGCUGCCUACAUCGUCAGGUUUAAGCCGGAGUAUAAGCUGGCUGAUCCCAUUUGUACAUACCUGUUCUCCAUACUGGUGCUGUUCAGCACAUUCCAGAUCAUCAGAGACACCGGCAUCAUUCUACUGGAGGGUGUUCCCCGUCACGUGGAUGUGUCUGGAAUCAGAGCUGAUCUGCUGAAGCUGCAGCAUGUGGAGUGUGUGGAGGAGCUGAAGCUCUGGGCGCUGACGGCCGAUAAAACCGCAGCCAUCGUUCACCUGCAGCUCGUGCCGGGGAUUGUGGGUAACUGGGAGGAAGUGCAGUCAAACGCGCGGCGGCUGCUGAUGACGUCACACGGCGUGACACACUGCACAGUGCAGCUGCAGACGCACAGACAGGGGGCGCCACAGUCCUGCACACACUGCCUCACACACAGUGCCUGAACACAGCCUGUCUCUCGCUGUCUCACACACACACACACACACACUGACACACACACUAAGAGGACGAGAGAGAGACGGGGACCCAGCAGGGUUUUAAUGAUUGUCUAGCAGCUUUUUCUAUAAUGAAUAUUGACCUCAUUUUGAUAAACUUUAAUACUGACGUGCACACAGCAGGACCGGGACCCGCUGAAGAACGUGGACAGAUGGAGGGACGCCUGUGUCUGUGUGUCUUGUGUGUUUUGUGUGAAUCUCAUGAAAACAUGUCCGGGUUGAAUUACAGUAACAACAUCAGAAGAAAAACAGACGUUUACUUGUUUUGCUUGAGCUGAAUGAACCCUACUGUUUUUCUUUUGUUUUGCAGCUUGACAGUAUUUAGUUAAUUUUCAGUAAUGUAGUGCAUUUGGAUUUACCCCUGAAGGGUUUUGAUUCUCAUUACUGUAAUUUUAUUAAAAUCUGCAUGAAUAAAGGGCAAUGCAACACAUACAUGAUGUAGAAGUACUUAACAAAUUAAUAUUUCAUGUUUCACAUUAAAGUGGUUAGGUGUUUAAGUUUGCAUGAUAAUAUAACACCGUGCGAGAAGCAGGCUUUGUUUGAAAUAUAUCUGGUGAAACAUGAUCUGACAGCACUGAAAUGUGUCCUUAAAACAAUAAAUAGUGCACACGUUUGCAGAAUCCCUCAUCUAGUAACUGACAAUCACAGUUUGACGGGACGGACUGUAGUUUCACUCGCGUCUCACUGAAGUUUUCUGCAUUUCAGACAUUUAUAAUCAAUAUGUGCCAACAUGAUCAAUACAUGAAAUGACAUGAAAUGUCUCUUUUUAUCUUUGUAUUUGAUUUGUUUUUGAUGAUUGCAGAUUGAAUAUGAUUAUUAUUUAACGGUCACUGACUGUCAUCAGUAUUUGGCCGCUUUGCCUUUUUAUUAUUUUUAUGGUUUUGUUUUGUUUUGGAAACACGGUGUCAGUGAAGGUUCAGUCUUUCUCUGUGUUUUAUGUGGGUCUGUGUGUCUGAGGGCAUCAGGAUGAUCGAUGUUCACUGACUGCUGAAGCGCUUCAAAUAACUUGAAAUAAAUACAUUUUAAGCCUC